CUCGCUUGGAAGUAGUUUGACUGCCAUUCGAUAUAGACGGCAUAAGAAAUCAGACGGAGACAACUCCACAAUACGAACUACAAACUUUGAAACCUUCCUACGUCGGUUGUGCCUGCUCUUCUUGCAUGCUAGCGUUGCAUGCGGAGCUACGUUGUGGGGACUAAGUUUCCGAAAUGAACUCCGGCGCACGGCGGGACAGGAGUCAAAUCUGUAGUAUUGCGACUGCGUUCCUGUGGCUUUUUUUUGUCUGCGGCCAAAGAAAAGUACAGGCUGGUCGGCGUUAUCUUGGUGGAGGGCGCCCGUUAUUUACGUUUCGCCCAAGUUCAAGCCUGGCCCAUUUUUUUUCCUUCCAGCUUCCGGAUAGGAUUUGCUUUGCACUGGUAUCAGAAGCCGGUCUGAACAGAAGACUGGUUGCGAAGCUUCUUUUUCAAGCACAAGCAUAACAAUGAGAGGCGGCUUCAGAGGCGGCGGAGGUCGCGGAGGUUCUGGUGGCGGGAGAGGAGGUGGUCGAGGGGGAGGCCGAGGAGGCGGCGGAGGUUUCAAAGCCAGCCGUGGCGGAGGACGAGGAGGUAGAGGCGGUGGCAGGGGAGGAGGCGGAAGAGGACGUGGAGGCCGAGGUGGCCUCGGCGGUAAAGGCGGACCGCAGAAGGUGCUUGUCGUUCCCCACAGAUUCGAGGGUAUAUUCAUGUCCAAAGGAAAAGCUGACUCUCUUGUCACUCGAAACAUGGUUCCCGGGGAAUCGGUCUACGGAGAAAAACGCCUAGAGGUUGCGGAGGAGUCGGGAGAAAAGAUUGAAUAUCGCGUGUGGAACCCUUUCAGAUCGAAGCUUGGAGCUACAAUUGUUGGUGGUGUGGCAAACAUGCCAAUCAAGCCCGGCAGCAAGGUCCUAUACUUGGGUGCUGCCAACGGCACUACAGUUUCACAUGUCUCUGACAUUGUUGGGCCCGAAGGUGUGGUCUACGCUGUUGAGUUUUCCCAUCGCUCAGGACGUGACCUGACGAAUAUGGCGAAGAAGAGGCAAAAUAUCGUCCCCAUUGUUGAAGACGCUCGCCAGCCGCUGAAGUAUCGCAUGCUGGUUGGCAUGGUUGACGUCAUUUUUGCUGACGUCGCGCAGCCAGAUCAGUCCCGUAUCGUUGCCUUGAAUGCUCACCAUUUCCUGAAGGCUGGAGGUUGGUUUGUCAUUUCCAUUAAAGCAAACUGUGUAGAUUCCACUGCAAAGCCUGAGGCCGUCUUCGCCGCCGAAGUGGAUAAACUGAGAAAGGAAAAGUGCAAACCCAAAGAGCAGCUCACGCUUGAGCCAUACCAUAGAGAUCAUGCUGUCGUUAUUGGCCAGUACAGAGUGUCAAAGAAGAAGGAUUAGUCGUCAGCGUGUUGUUCUUUUCAAGUCUUUGGGGACGGGACUUAAUGUAUCGUCGCAUUCGUGGCAUUCUUCGCUUGCAUCUGCAAACCAAACUGAUAGACGUUCUAGACGGGACCGAACUAGCAUUGAUAUCGGACCUGUCGAGUCUGUCCAAGUCUUUGAUCGUUCCGUUUUUCUCGUGUAAGGCGGUGGACAUAAACUUGACCUCUGAUAAUUUUCGUUUAAACAUUUCGUCGAAUAUCUGCCCGCGUCUGACGGGUCGUCAGUCCUCGCAGUCCUGUACAUGAGUGGCAAGACUUUGCCGAAUUUGACG